CCUGGGUUCAUUUACCCUCAGAUCACUGAGGGUGAACCGUUCCAAAACACGCAAAUAUAUCUGGGGACUGUAAAGCCAACAUGACCAGUGGGUGCUGUGUAUUUGUCCUAUUUUCCCUCCUCCAUGUCUCGCUGAGUGUGGUAAUGACAGGGUUAUAUGGCAGCUUCACCUCCCCUAACUUCCCCCAGCCAUACCCUGACAACCAGCUCGUAGUGUGGAACAUCACUGUCCCAGAUGGCCACAGGGUCAAACUCUACUUCAGCCAUUUCAGCAUGGAACCCUCAAACCAGUGUGAAUAUGACUACAUCCAGGUUUUGACAGAGGGGAAUGAAACCUUGCGGUUCUGCGGUGAGGAAGAGAAGAACUAUGAAAGCACCCCAAGGAACACCAUCAUCCUUUCAGCCGGAAACCUCAUGUCAGUGGUCUUUAGGAGUGACUACUCUAACGAGGGCCGAUUCACGGGCUUCCAAGCAUUUUACACCUCAGAAGACAUCAACGAGUGUCUGUCCAAGAUAGAUGGGGAAAGAGUGUGUGAUCAUUUUUGCCACAAUUACAUCGGUGGAUAUUACUGCACGUGCAGACAAGGGUACCUUCUCCAUGACAACAAAAGAUCCUGCACAGUACCAUGCCACAGUCAAGUGUUGACCUCACUCUCAGGGGUUCUGACCAGUCCGGGCUACCCGGGUCCCUACCCUCCAAUGAGUCAAUGUGACCACACCAUCCGUCUGCCGGAGGGCUACAGAAUAAUCUUGGACUUCCUGGAACCCUUUGACGUAGAGGGACACUCGGAUGUCCCUUGUCCGUACGACAUGUUGAAGAUUUCAACAGCUGGACAAGAUUAUGGACCCUUCUGUGGAUCAAUGCCACCGCAUCGCAUUGACACAGGAAGUUACCAAGUGCAUGUUGCGUUCAGAUCCGACCCUAGUGGGAAAAACAAGGGAUGGAAGAUCAAGUAUACCAGUGUCAAGGCUGAAUCCUGAUGGCUUGUUGACAUGAACAAUUUAUGUGUUUAUACGCUAUGUGAAAAUUUGGCACAGUGACUUUAUGGCAACUUAACACAACCAUAAUGUUUGCGGUGAAGCUUGGAUGUUGUGUUUGUGUUAUCAGAAGCAUUAUCCUUACGAUACUUUAUAUGACAUUGUGACAAUGGUGCUACAAACAUUUCAAGCAAUUUUAUUGAUUGCAUCUAAUUUCUAAUCUAAUUGUCAUUGUUUUAUUUCUUUGUUUGGUGAGAUGAUGCCAUAAUCUCAAUAGCACAAUCCUCUUUUAACCACUUUUGCAUGGGGCGUUUUAUUGUUUUGUUACUUGACAUGCAAAUUAAGGAAGACUCAAAAGACACUUUGACUAAUGAAUAUAUAUAUAUAUAUAAGAUAAGAAAAAGUUCAUUAAAAUACUGUUAAUACUGUAAUACCAUAACAUACAACCUGAAGCCACAUGUGAUCAGACAAGCAUUUUAAUAAAACAAGAGUGAGUAUUCCUCACUCUUAGUAGUACUGUUCUGCUCUUUUCCAGCUAAAGACAAAAACACAUUUUAAUGCUCUGGUAGAAAUAACAAAUCAAUUCCGUGCAGUAUUCUGGAAGUCAGUCAGUUGGGUCUGAGAAAGCGGUGCAUCGUAGUCGUUUAACCUUCAUACAUUAUGCAGCUCUACCGCUCUAUCAAAACAGUCAUUAUAGGGUUCUUCAGUCCCAUGAAAUAGCCUCUUAUUUGACACUUUUGCAUUCACUCGUUAACAUUUCCUCCAUCUGUGGACCACAAGUGGGGCAAAAGAGCACGCCUGAAUGUGAGAAAGAAACACACUUGUUGAUUUAUGUUUAUGUUUGAUUUUUUUUUAAACCUCAUUAUGCUAACUUUAACUGAACUGUUAUGCUGCUACGUACUUUGUAUUUUGAAGGCCACCACAACUCGGCAAGGCAAGGUAUGUACUGAACCAUGCAUCACCUUGACAUUUGCAACCCAACAGAAUAACAAGGCCUUAGGUGAAGAUGUGUUCUCUGAAAGUCAUCUGAAAACAUGGGAUAAGGUUUGUUCUUCAGCAUGAAAUGCCCAGACAGUCCUCAGGGCAACUGGGUACUUAAAGAGCAAACUUGCAGUUGUUACUUGAGCACUGUUUACUCAUAAUCUAAUCCACCAAGACAGUGUAACACAUGUGCAACUGACUGCUCCCAUACCCCACUCGAUUCCAACUGUUCAGCCUAGUCAGAGCCAUUUCCACAGGAAUUACGCACACCAUGAAACCCAUUAGCCAACAGUUGGAAAAUAUCUAGCAGCAGCAUGCAGCCUGUAGGCUUAUAGCUAACAUGCCCAUCACUGUUUUGUUGACAACCCUAUGUCGUGCUAGCCUGACAAGCCAGACCCACAUCAAGAUGUUGGGUCUGGGAACUCACCAUUGACAGGGCUCAAUC